GCGCGCUCACGACGAGUUGAACAUGUCUUCAUCAUCGUCCUUUGCGAUGUCGACUUUUUCUCAUGGACUGAAAGUCGGGUGCAUUCCCCACGUUUUUCCGUGCUUGCUGUCGCGUUCUAGCUCACAACAUCGCCAGCUGUCUUCUGUCAGCUCGUCCUUGCUGUAUCUCCAUGUACAGUCGGACGUUCCCAUGGCUCGACAUCUGCGGUCUGGGCAUUCAACUUCAUCGACAAAAGAAUAGAUAUCUGAAACACUCGAACGGUCAAAGUUGCUGGGGCCAGAAGGGGAAGGGGACGAUGCUUUGAAUAGACACGGAGAAGCUCAGCACGCCGCGACCGCCCUUCUCUUUUUUCUAGCCGCGUCACCCUCCCAGUUUCCCGCUCUCUCCUCUUCGUCGCCCUCAUCCCUCGCGUCCUCCGAGACUUCCCGACCCGCCGAACAACAAUCCAAGAUGCGCUUCUCUACUAUCUUCACCGCCGUUGCCCUCGUCGCUUUCUCUGCCUCCGUCGGUGCGACUCCCGCUCCUGGCAGCCCCGCCGCCAGACGCAAUCCCGACUUCAUCACCAACAGGGAGAGGAUCUCUAGGGGUCUUCCUCUCAACCCACCCACGAGACGUGCGCCCGGUGAGGCUCGCAGGGCUGUACCCAGCAGCACUCCUCCUCCUGAGUGCAAGCCUCUCCUCCAGUCUUGCUCGGUCAACAGCGAGUGCUGCGCCGAUGUUUGUCUUGCUGGGCUCUGUCUCUAAACACGUACAUGAAACGCCUAGUUCUUGGUCGAACAUUGUUUGAUCAGAUCGUGCUCGCCGUCUUCUUCUGUACGUGGCUUCCGGAGUUACGCGUCGUAUGUGACUGGGUGUCGAUUCCGACGGAGUAAAGAGUCAGAUAUUUGGGUCGUGGCUGGUAGUCUCGCAGAAAAAACAAACCUCGUUCUUCCAUCCUCCUCAUCCUACCUCCCCCUUCUCUCUGGUCGUCGCGCUCUGGACUCUAAUGGACUCUUUUCUUCCGAGCCAUCACCGUUAUCCGCUGUCUGUUGUUGUUUUGAUCCGAACGGCUACUCGAUCCGUACUGCGUUCCUUCGUCGCUUCGUUAUCCCUUGUUGUCCUUUAUACCUCCAGCACUCGUUGAUACACCUCAUAGACGAUUACUUACCCCGUUUAUUAUCUCCUCUUCCUUUCCUUCUUUUACCCUCCAUGCCUUUUGUUCGCUCUCGCUGGGAUUUGGGCUGUCGAUACAUCAAUCAGACCUAAUUCUGGUACAUAUUCUUCACCUUCGCGUCGCUCUUUGAAGUCAAAAGCUAUAUGAUCACUCAUUUUAUUCGUAUGCGUGUCCUCUCGACGGUG